UGAAGAUUCGCCAGAGGCGGCUGGAAGCUCCAGUUCUCACCUGCCCCGGUGUCCGCGGCGCGGGGCGAGCCACCUUGGUCUGGAGCCCAGGGAGAGCUCAGCGCCGUGUGGGUGGGGUGUCCCCCAAACCUCGUUUCGGAGGUCUCUGCUGGCUGCGGUGGGCAGAGGCUGCGCUGGGCGCCGGGGAGCGGAGGGACCGACACCUGCCAGACGCCUCUCAUCCCCGCAGGGCGCCACACCCGCCGCGUGCGACUGGGGAAUAAGUGAGUGCCCGGCGCGCAGGGGAAGCUCCGGCUCGGGCUGCGCGCCGCGGGGCCGCCAGUUUGCGCGCAGGACCCCGGCGACCGCGCGGCCAUGGGCGCACCGCGGGACAUCGGCACCUUCGUGGUGUGGGACUACGUAGUGUUCGCUGGGAUGCUGCUCAUCUCGGCGGUCAUCGGCAUCUACUACGCCUUCGCGGGGGGCGGCCAGCAGACUUCCAAGGACUUCUUGAUGGGCGGCCGCAGGAUGACCGCCGUGCCCGUGGCCUUGUCCCUCACCGCAAGUUUCAUGUCUGCCGUCACCGUCCUGGGCACCCCGUCCGAGGUCUAUCGUUUUGGGGCCAUAUUCAGCAUCUUUGCCAUCACCUACUUCCUCGUGGUGGUCCUCAGCGCGGAGGUCUUCCUCCCCGUGUUCUACAAACUGGGCAUUACAAGCACCUACGAGUAUUUAGAACUUCGAUUUAACAAAUGCGUUCGUCUCUGUGGAACAGUCCUCUUCAUUGUUCAAACAAUUCUGUAUACUGGAAUUGUUAUUUAUGCCCCUGCCCUGGCUUUGAAUCAAGUCACGGGAUUUGAUCUGUGGGGCGUAGUAGUGGCUACUGGUGUGGUCUGCACAUUCUACUGCACUAUGGGUGGUCUUAAAGCAGUUAUCUGGACGGAUGUUUUUCAAGUUGGAAUCAUGGUGGCUGGCUUUACAUCUGUGAUUAUAAAGGCUGCAUUGGUUCAAGGUGGAAUCAGCACUAUUAUAAAUGAUGCCGCCAAUGGAGGAAGAUUAAACUUCUGGAACUUUAAUCCUAACCCUUUGCAAAGACACACGUUCUGGACGAUUAUUAUAGGAGGGACCUUCACAUGGACCAGCAUCUAUGGUGUGAACCAAUCCCAAGUGCAGAGAUAUAUCUCCUGUAAAAGCAGGUUCCAGGCAAAAUUGUCUCUCUACAUCAACCUCCUGGGACUCUGGGUGAUCCUCGUCUGCUCGGUGCUUUGCGGGCUUGCCCUCUAUUCCAGGUACCAUGACUGUGAUCCCUGGACCGCCAAGAAAGUGUCUGCACCAGACCAGCUCAUGCCUUAUUUGGUACUGGACAUUCUGCAAGAUUAUCCAGGACUUCCUGGACUCUUUGUGGCCUGUGCUUACAGUGGAACAUUAAGCACAGUGUCCUCCAGCAUCAACGCCUUAGCCGCAGUGACCAUGGAAGACCUAGUGAAACCUCGCUUCCCGUCUCUCUCAGAAAAGUCUCUCUCUUGGGUUUCACAAGGAAUGAGUGUGCUGUUUGGAGCCCUGUGUAUUGGCAUGGCUGCACUGGCUUCACUAAUGGGAGCUUUGUUGCAGGCAGCACUCAGCAUAUUUGGCAUGCUUGGUGGGCCACUAAUGGGCUUGUUUGCCUUGGGGAUUUUGGUUCCCUUUGCCAACUCAAUUGGAGCACUUGGGGGUCUGCUGUCUGGAUUUGCCGCUUCUUUGUGGGUCGGAAUUGGAGCUCAGCUUUAUCCCCCACUUCCUGAGAGAAUGAUGCCGUUAAGACUUGAAACCUAUGGCUGUAACAGCACAUACAAUGGAACAAGUUGGAUGACAACCACAGAAAAGCCAUUUUCUACCAGUGCCUUUCAAGUGCACAAGAUUGAAAGGACUCCACUGAUGGAUAACUGGUAUUCCUUGUCAUAUCUAUACUUCAGCACUGUUGGAACUUUGGUAACGUUGUUUGUGGGGAUGCUUCUCAGUGUAUCAACAGGAGGAAGAAAACAAAACAUAGACUGCAGAUUCCUACUAACCAAAGAGGACUUUUUAUCUAAUUUUGACAUUUUUAAGAAAAAGAAGCAAGUUUUAAGCUAUAAAUCUCAUCCAGUAGAAGAUGGUGGAACUGAUAAUCCUGCCUUCAACCAUAUUGAAUUGAAUGGCACAGAUCAAAGCAGCAAGAUCAAUGGAACUCGUUUGUGAAGCAGCUGUGACGUUAAAUGAUCUUAAGCAGUGUCCCAGUUUUAUGUCUUCUAAAAUACUUGAAUCAGGUUUUAGAUUUUUUUUUUUCGUCUAUAAUGAGUACUUUGGAGGGAACUUUGGGGGAUCAUUUUGUUUAAGCUAAGCCCUGACUUUUCUUUUUUUUUUUUUUUAACUUUCUACACUCAUUAAUUGAUGCAACACUGGAGGUUAAAGUUUCAGCAUCAGCAUUUCCCUCUCUCUUUUAUUUCAGUGAAGCUGUAGUUGUGAAAGUUGUCACUACAUAUGUGCUGAAAAGCUAAUACAUACAUAUAACAUGUG